AUGAGGGCAGCGGUUGGUGCCGCUUCUGGUGACCACAUGCACAAAGCUGCUGCUUCGGUCAAUUCUGGAGCUUCGGUCAGUUCUGGGGCUUCGGUCAGUUCUGGGGCUUCGGUCAGCUCUGGGGCUUCGGCCAGCUCUGGGGCUUCGGCCAGCUCUCAUGUUUCGGCCAGUUCGUAUCAGCACACGUAUUUGGAGCUCGGCGAAGAUGGGCCUAAAGUUAUCCGUACAUACCGCGCGGGAGACCACGUAGUGUCGUUCCCGGACAACAAGACGGAGUCAUGCUACGAUACCAACGACAAACCAGAAGAUUCCGACGAUUACGAGAAACCCGAGGAACUUGCUACGAUAUGCUGUGACCUUGCCACCAUUUUCUGUGACCUUGCCACCACCAUCGGCUGUGACCUUGCCACCAUCUGCUGUGACCUUGCCACCAUCUGCUGUGACCUUACUACCAUCUGCUAUGACCUUGCCACCAUCUGCUGUGACCUUGCCCCCACCAUCUGCUGUGACCUUGCCACCAUCUGCUGUGACCUUGCCACCACCAUCGGCUGUGACCUUGCCACCAUCUGCUGUGACCUUGCCACCAUCUGCUGUGACCUUACUACCAUCUGCUAUGACCUUGCCACCAUCUGCUGUGACCUUGCCUCCACCAUCUGCUGUGACCUUGCCUCCACCAUCUGCUGUGACCUUGCCACCAUCUGCUGUGACCUUGCCACCAUCUGCUGUGACCUUGCCACCCAUCGCCGCGCACGUGAUGACCAGUGGUAGGUGAAUGGCAUC